AUGCUGUUUCUACACCUCUUAGCAUUGGCUUUGGUUCUCCAGCCAGCACUUGCAACAUACAAUUGCUCUGCUGAAUAUAAUCGUAUCCCAGACAACAGUGACCUGGUGGUGGACUGUGGGGCCAGCAUAAUUAGUCUGGAGGUCAACCUGUGUACAGCACAGUGGGCAGGCUUUGAUCCCGCUGGACUUGCCCUUAAUGGACAACACAACAAUACCCUAUGCCAAGGGACCAUUGACACCAGUUUGAACCCACCAGUCAUUCAUUAUGAGUUACCAGUCAACCAUAGCCAGGAGAAUCCAUGCAGACAAUCCCUGCAGAUUGUGGAUGAAGCCCCAAGUCCUACAGGACCCUUCAGUGCUUUCUCUAGCAUCCAAUCAGUGAUCAUCACCGGCUAUAUUGACACACCCCGUUCAUCAGAGGGAAUCAUCAGCUACUCCACUGACCUUUAUUAUCACUUCUCCUGCCGCUACCCACUGGAAUAUCUCCUGAACAACACACAAAUAGUGGCUUCUUCAGUGUCAGUGGCCACCAGUGACAACAAUGGGACUUUCAUUGACACGUUAAGUAUGAGUGUCUACAACGACACUGAUUACGUCUACCCGUUGGUGGUUCCACCAACUGGACUUGAACUGCGCACAAUGGCCUACGUUGAAGUCAAGGCCACAAACCUCACUGGCAAUUUUUAUCUUUUACUUGACCAUUGCUUUGCAACUCCAUCGCCCUACAACACGACAAACCAUGAGCAACACGACUUUUUCAUUGGAUGUGUUGUAGAUUCACGAACAACCGUUGUGAGGAAUGGUGUCUCCAAGAAUUCCAGAUUUUCUUUUGAAACUUUUCGAUUUGUGGAGCACCGUGAUCAGGACAAGUCGAGCAUUUAUCUCCAUUGCAUUCUCAGGCUCUGUGAACCAGACAAAUGCCAACAGCUGCUUGAUGCUUGCAACAACAGGAGAAAGAGAUCCCUAGAGCCUUAUGGGUCAGAAUCAAAAAAUUCAGCGACAGUGUCUGUGGGACCUAUAUACACCAAAAGAGAACGCGAUCAGCCCUCUGCCUCUCCUUAUGGCAGUGACGAACCAUCAGAGGGGGGCAACAUUAAUGUGGCCGGUCUGGUGGUGGGGAUCAUAUUUGCCUCUGGUGGUGCAGUCUUACUGGUCCUGGCUGGAUGGUUUGCACUAAAGAAGUUCUACUGGGCUGGCGGGUUACCCCAUGCGUUUGACUAA